AUGUCGGGGCCCCCUUCUGUACCCUAUGGCCCGGGGCCCUCAGGCCAGCGCCCGGGGGCCCCUGGCUGGCGGCCUCCCCCGCAGCAGGACGGGGGCGGUUCCAUGAUGGGGGCCCCCCCUGGGGGCCCCCCUGGGGGCCCCCCUGGGGGUCCUGCGGGGGGCCCCCCCGGGGGCCCUCCCGGGGGCCCCCCCGGGGGCCCCGCGUCGCGGGGCCCCCCGGGGGCCCCCAUGGGGGCUGUACCCUUUGGGGGCCGGCUGCCCGGGGGCCCCUCCCCCGGGAUGGGGAUGGGGGGCCCCCCAUACGGGGCCCCCGGGGGCAUGGGAGGCUUCGCGGGUCCGCUGGGGGCCCCCUCGAUGGGGGCCCCCCCGUCGCUGGGCGGAGCCUCCGGGGCCCCGCUGGGGCCCCCGCUGGGGGCCCCCCUGGGGGCCCCCCUGGGGGCCCCCCUGGGGGCCCCCCUGGGGGCCCCCCUGGGGGGCCCCCUGGGGGCCCCCCUGGGGGGCCCCGGAGCCGCGUGGGGCCCCGUGGCCCCCGAAAUGGCCGCAGUGGGAAUGACUGCAGUGAACUUAAAGCGGCUGAAGUACCUCCAGCCGAAAGCAGUGGAUGGUUCGAUUCCCCCUAACUGCACUAUUUAUGUUUCGAACAUUAAUGAUCGAGUCAAACUCCGCGAGUUGAAGGAAAACUUGAAGUCCAUGUUUAAACAGUUCGGAGAAAUUCGGCAAAUUGUGGCCAUGGGCUCUUUCUGGAGAAGAGGCCAGGCCUGGAUUGUCUUCAAAGACGAAACUGCAGCAACAGCAGCACUUAAUGGCAUGCAAGGAUUUGUCUACCACGGCCAGCCACUACACAUAAACUACGCGCUGGCCAAAAGCGACAUCAUAGCCAAAGAAGACGGUACAUACACCCCGAGGCCCCCGGGGCCCCGAAAGCCGCGGAGGGUUCGGGAAAAGGAGGAGCAGCAAAAGCUGCUGUUUCUGCAGCUGCAGCAGCAGUACCUCGCUCUCAAGAGCCCUUCGGGGCUGCCGCCGCAAGCCACAGGGUCCACAAACCCUGCUGCUCUUGUUGCUGCUGCUCGGCAGCAGCAGCAGCAGCAGCAACAGCAGCAGCAGCAGCAGCAAGGUGCUGCUGACGGCGCAGCAGCAGGCUCUCAAGGCCCCGCCGAAGGCCUUAUAGACAUUCGAGCUAUUCUUUUCAAAAAAGUUGCUUUUGUGGAAUAUGCUUCCGAGGCCCUGGCUGCCAAGGCCCUCAGCAGUAAGCAGCAGCAGCAGCAGCAGCAGCAGCAGCAGCAGCAGCGGAAGCAGCAGCAGCAGCAGCAGCAGCGGAAGCGGCAGCAGCAGAUGCAUGCGUCUUUGUCUCACUUUCUGUAUUUGCGCUUUUCCGCCUUCCCAGGGCUUGUUUUGGGUUUUAUUGGAGAUUUGUAUAUUGCAUUUGUUUGUUUUAUUUAA